AUGGCUCCUUCUACUGUUAAAGAUGGCUCUUUCGUUUCUUUGGAAGAUCCAGAGGGUGAAGUUAUCGAGGAGGUUUGUUCUACAGUUACUGUUGGCUCGUUCGUAUGGGUGGAAGAUCCGGCGGAGGCAUGGAUGGAUGGUGAAGUUGUGGAGGUUAAUGGACAAGAUAUAAAGGUCCGAUGUAGCUCAGGGAAGACGAUUGUUGUCAAAGUUUCAAACACAUAUCCGAAAGAUAUGGAAGUUCCACCUUCUGGAGUGGAUGAUAUGACAACGCUAGCGUAUUUACAUGAACCAGGAGUCCUACAGAAUCUGAAAUCAAGAUAUUAUAUAGACGAAAUAUAUACUUACACAGGAGAUAUUUUGAUUGCGAUAAACCCUUUUAAGAAGCUUGAGAAUCUAUACAAUGACCAUAUGAUUGCACACUAUAAAGGAGUCGCCUUUGGAGCAUUGAACCCUCAUCCGUUUGCAGUUGCAGAUGCAGCUUACAGACAAAUGGUUAAUGAGGGAAUUAGCCAAUCAAUCUUGGUGAGUGGUGAAAGUGGAGCAGGGAAAACUGAGACUGCUAAAGUGCUUAUGAAAUAUCUGGCCAAAAUGGGAGGUCGAGCUGUUUCCGACAGAAGGACUGUCGAAGAUCAAGUUUUGGAGUCCAAUCCUGUUUUGGAAGCAUUUGGGAAUGCCAAAACCGUCAGGAACAACAAUUCAAGCCGAUUUGGCAAGUUCGUGGAGAUUCAGUUUGAUCAAAGGGGAAGGAUAUCAGGAGCUGCUAUCAAGACUUAUUUGUUGGAGAGAUCACGCGUUUGUCAAGUCUCAGAUUCUGAGAGAAACUAUCACUGCUUUUACAUGCUUUGUGCUGCACCAACAGAGGACACAAAGAAACUAAGACUAGCGGAUCCAACAACAUUCCGUUAUCUGAAUCAAUCUCAAUGUAUUAAGUUGGAAGGGAGGGAUGAUUCAGAGGAGUAUGCUAAAACCCGAGAAGCAAUGGGCAUUGUCGGGAUAAGCUCAGAGGAGCAGGAAGCAAUAUUUCGAGUUUUAGCAGCUAUUCUUCAUCUUGGUAACAUAGAGUUUGUAAACGGAGAAGAAGUAGACUCGUCAGUUCCUAAAGACAAGAAGUCACUGAAGAUUGCCGCUGAGCUUUUCAUGUGUGACGAGCAGGCAUUGGAAGAUUCUCUUUGUAAACGUGUAAUGGUGACACCUGAAGAAACAAUUUCCAGAUGUCUGGAUCCUGAAUCUGCGGCAUUCAGCAGAGAUGCCUUGGCAAAAUUUGUGUACUCAAGAUUGUUUGAUUGGAUCGUAAACAAGAUCAAUAUUUCAAUUGGGCAAGAUCCUGACUCAAAAAGCAUGAUCGGAGUGCUGGAUAUUUAUGGAUUUGAGAGUUUCAAGACAAACAGUUUUGAGCAAUUUUGCAUCAAUUUGACAAACGAGAAACUUCAGCAACAUUUUAAUGAGCACGUGUUAAAAAUGGAACAAGAAGAGUACAAGAAAGAAGAAAUUAAUUGGAACCAAAUUGAGUUCUCUGAUAAUCGAAAGGUUUUGGAACUUAUUGAGAAGAAACCUGGUGGUAUUAUUGCUCUUCUGGACGAGGCUUGCAUGUUCCCAAGAUCAACACAUGAAACAUUUUCUCAAAAGCUGUACGAAACAUUGAAAAAGAACAACUACUUCAGCAAGCCAAAAUUAUCUCGUACUGAAUUCACAGUCUGCCACUAUGCUGGUGAUGUCACCUAUCAGACGGAUCAGUUUCUUGAAAAGAACAAAGAUUAUGUUGUUGCUGAGCAUCAGGCUCUGCUAGGUUCUUCUAGGUGCACUUUUAUUGCAGAACUGUUUCCUGUUCGAAUGGAAGAUGCUAGCAAGCAGUCAAAGUUCUCUUCUAUAGCUGCACAAUUUAAGCAACAAUUAGCAUUACUGAUCGAACGUCUUAGUACUACUGAGCCUCGCUAUAUUCGUUGCGUGAAGCCUAAUAAUCUUCUAAAGCCUUCUAUCUUUGAGAACCAAAAUGUUCUGCAACAGCUACGUUGUGGGGGUAUGAUGGAGGCAAUCAGGAUUUGUCGUGCUGGAUAUCCUGCACGAAAACAUUUUGAUGAAUUCCUGGACAGAUUUUGUAUCCUAGCUUCUGUUACUUUGGCCAAGAGUUCUGAUGAGAAAGCAGCCUGCAAGAAGCUCCUGGAGACAGUUGGACUUAAAAGAUACCAGAUUGGAAAGACGAAGGUUUUCCUCAAGGCUGGGCAGAUGGCUGAAUUAGAUGCUCGGAGGACUGAGGUGUUAGGAAGAGCAGCCAGAAUCAUACAGUCGAAAUUCCGCUCCUACCUGCUCCUCAAGGCUGCAACAAAUUUGCAGGCUGUGUGCAGAGGUCAACUAGCUCGACAUAGAUUUGAGGACUUGCGCAGAAAAGUAGCUGCUGCUCUAAAGAUCCAGAGAGCUUUGCGGAUCUACCUUGAUAGGAAGUGUUUUACAGAAGCUGUUGUUACAAUCCAGUCUGGUUUCCGUGGCAUGGCUGCUCGUCUUGUACUGCGAAGGAAGACCAAGGCCACAAUUGUGAUUCAGAGGCAUUGCCGUAAAUUUGUGGCAGAGUCGCACUACAAGAAGCUGAAGAAAGCAGUGAUUACGACACAAAGUGCAUGGAGAGCGAGGCUAGCCCGUAAAGAACUGCGAGAGCUUAAGAUGGCUGCAAAGGAAACUGGAGCUCUUCAAGCUGCCAAGAGUAAGCUUGAGAAGCAAGUGGAAGAACUCACAUGGAGACUUCAGCUUGAGAAACGCAUGAGGGUGGACGUGGAAGAAAGUAAAACACAAGAGAAUGCAAAACUGCAAUUAGCAUUGGAGGAAAUACAAGUCCAGUUCAAGGAAACCAAAGUGUCGCUCUUAAAGGAAGUGGAAGCUGCGAAAAGAAAUGCGGAAAUUGUUCCUGUAAUAAAGGAGGUUCAUGUUGUUGACACCGAGCUAAUGGAUAAACUUAAGAGUGAAAAUGAAAAGCUCAAGAGCCUGGUAAGUUCGCUGGAGCAGAAGAUUGAUGAAACAGAGAAAAGAUUCAAGGAGACAAGCAAAAUCAGUGAGGAGAGGCUGCAGCAGGCUCUAGACGCUGAAGCCAAAAUUGUUAAUUUGAAGACCGCCAUGCACAAACUAGAAGAGACAUUAGAGGAUGUGAAAUAUGAAAACCAAGUUUUAAAGAAAUCUGUCUCAAGCACACCUGUUAAGACAGCAUCAGGACGGCUCCUUUCUACUCCAGUAAAGGGUGCUGAAUCAGGAUCUGACACUAAGUCGAGGGGAUCCCAUAUUGAUCCUCAACAUGAGGAUGUGGAUGCCCUUAUCAACUGUAUCACCAAAAACGUUGGAUUCAGCCAGGGGAAGCCUGUAGCGGCAUUUACCAUCUACAAAUGCCUUCUUCAUUGGAAAUCCUUUGAAGCAGAAAAAACCAAUUUGUUUGAUCGUCUUGUUCAAGUAAUUGGCUCUGCUAUUAAGAAUGAAGAAGACAAUGCUAAUUUGGCAUAUUGGUUAUCCAACACUUCGACCUUAUUGUUCAUGCUCCAACAAAGUCUGAAAUCUGGUGGAACCGGAGCCACUCCACUUCGAAAGUCACCUUCUCUCGUCCGAUGGAUGACCAAGGGUUUCCGUUCUCCAGCGGCUGAAGCGAUUCGACCAGUUGAUGCCAAGGAUCCAGCUUUGCAUUUCAAGCAGCAGCUUGCAGCAUAUGUUGCAAACAUUAUCGGAAUUAUUUGGGAUAACAUGAAAAAGGAGUUGAACACUCUCCUCACUCUCUGCAUCCAGGCACCUAAAGCGUUUAAGGGGAAUGCGCUAAUAUGCAUUACAACGGCUAAUUACUGGCAAGGGAUUAUUGAAGGCCUAGAUGCACUGCUUAUCACACUAAAAGACAACUUUGUUCCUUCGGUUCUCAUCCAGAAGAUAUUCUCUCAGGCUUUCUCACUCAUCAAUGUCCAACUAUGUAACAGUCUUGUCACGCGACCAGACAACUGUUCGUUUAUCAAUGGAGAAUAUGUAAAAUCUGGUUUAGAAAAGUUGGAGAAAUGGUGCUCCGAAGCAAAAGAAGAGUAUGCUGGCUCAUCUUGGGACGAGCUCAAACAUACCAGACAGGCUAUUGGAUUCUUGCUCAUCCAUAAGAAAUACAAAAUCUCGUACGAUCAGAUUGCAAAUGAUCUGUGUCCAAUCCUUAGAAUUCAGCAGCAUUUCAAACUGUGUACUCUGUACAAGGAUGAGAUCUACAACACAAAAAGUGUUUCCCAAGAUGUCAUCUCAAGCAUGACAGGAGUUAUGACAGACAGUAGCGACUUCUUGUUAAAAGAUGAUUCGAGCAACAGCAUUUCCUUCUUGAUUGAUGACUUAUCUAGUUCAAUGCAAGAUAAAGACUUUGCCCAAGUGAAACCUGCUGAGGAACUCCUGGAAAACCCAGCUUUCAUUUUCUUGCUUUAG